AUGCAUCCUACAGUCCCUACCGUCAGAGAAGCGAUCAAUCAACUCAGAGAGACAUCGCUAAAAUGUCUGGAACAUAUGGUUGGCCUCGGCGUGCGCACGAGCACCCAUAUGGCCUUUGUCCUAUCGCAGCCGUCAAAUCUUUCGAUCCUAGAAUGUAACGAAGGCGACAUCAACACCAGCCACCAUACGCGAUUGCAGUUAGCCCGUCACCUAUUGUGCUUCGUCAUAUUUGAACAAGCCUCGAAAAAGAACAAGAACGGAGCAAACAUUGAUCUGAAUCAACUUGAAGAGCAGCUCAACAAUAUCCAUAAAGCAAGCCCUGGAAUGGGUAGCGGCGAAGCUGUUGACCUUGAUCACCCAAUGAUCCAAGGAGCAGUGGAAACUCCGGAUGUGCCGGAAGCCACUCAAAAGGCCGUCAGACAAGUUCUCCUUUCUACAGGUGAACUCGGCUUAUUGACCGCUUUGAAAAACGGUACGUGGGUUUACGGCCUUCAGAAGACGGGGUUGGUAUUUUCCAUUGAUUUCACUGCUGCUGCUAUCUGCUCGUCUAUUUUACGCAGGCCCAACGUCAUGUACAAAACGACCAACCUCACUCCGAAGGGCAUUGAUCCGUUUCAGCAGUUGGAAGUCAUUCUUGAAGCCGAAGUGCUCUGCUUUCUUCAUGCAGUUCAAGUGCAACACCCGUACAGCUUCCCGCCGGGAUUACAGGAGGUGUUGGAUGCCUUUGGCGUAGUUCGAAGUGCACUUGGUGACUUGUCGGCCGACGACAAUAUUCUACCAAAUGUAUGCGCUCAGCCUUCGUGGAAAGAGGGAUCGUGCCUUUUCAAGGCGGGAUUGUUUCUUUGGAUGUUGCUCUCCGUUCUGAUCCUCCAAAUCGCCGGUCCAUCGCUGCUUCGAACGGGCCGCGUCUGCCUUUAUCUAUGGUCAUCAGAUCAUGCCGUACGCACAGACCACGGGGUACACAGGUUGUACCGUUGGCCCCGAUCGGAUCACUGCCUGCAAAUCCCUCUUCUCCUGAAGAUCGGUCUAGAACUUGGAAGCGGCGCACAUGGUACGGUCAAACGAGUGGCGGGCACAAGCAUCGUUGUCAAAAUCGGACGCACAGAUAUAAUUAAACGAGAAGCUUCCGUGUAUAGCAAAGCUCGACAGUACCAAGGCCUUCCCAUUCUUCAAGACUUUGGAGUUUUUGACUUUGAAAGCUCAGCCGCAUCCAUGCUCGUCCUGGAAUAUGCGAAUCCUAUCCGUGAUACCCCAGAGAGAUGGGAGGUCAACGCGGCACUCCAAGACAUACAUAUCCGACUCGGCUUUCAUCAUCGCGACAUCGAUUCCGCGAACAUGUUGAGGGGUGUUGCCGACGGGAAGCUCAAGAUUAUUGAUUUUGCGAAGGGCGCAAAUGCCGCGGACUGUGAUAAACAUUGCAUCCUGCGGGAGGAGUACCUUUGA